AUGCUGACCAAACAGCCCCCGACAAUGUCUAUGGGCUGGGUAGACCGCCGAGAGACAUAUACCGGCAAGAUCUCUCUGUGCCGGUGGGAAAUUUCACUGGAAGAGUACGGUGGGCUUCGUAUGAACAUGCUUUAUGAUCUGGUUGUCAGAUCCUCGGAUGAGGCGGCAACGUUCUUUUACUGGAGGGUGCAUUGGAGCCAUCCUUGCGUGGAAAGGUGUUCUAUCGGGUGUAUUCCGGACAUCCAGAGGGCGAGGGAACCCUACUAUGUCGAAGCGAUGAUGUCGGCCAAUGCACAGACGGACAUCGUGCUUGAUACGUGGAACUCGCCAUAUCUUUCCCGUCAUCUUUGGUCACAAUUCGGUGAGGUCGGUGAGGAUACUUGGACGUGGGACUUGGUACGGGGACUUCAGUCGCCGAUGGGAGAUCUGAAUCUUGAUGUGGUCUAUGCGUCGAGAAAACGCAAGGAGGUGCAGAGCUGGCAUGUGCGCGUGUAG